GAGGGUCGCAGGACGGUAACAGAUGGCGCUGCGCAGCACACCUCGCACCGCAGCCGAGUCCGCUACGCCGACGAACGUGUGUCAGUUGUUGUGUGGCAGCGGUGCGUUCAGUGGUGUAUGCCUCUUCUCUCCCCGUCUGCCGCCCCGCACGCCUCUCAGGAUGGGUGACUCCUUCAGGGUGCGGGAUAUCAGCCUGAAGGCGGAGAAGAAGCUGCUUGGCAAGAUGUCCAACAAGACCAUUGCCAAGAACUUCAUCGACGACACUCUCUGCUCGGUGCUCGAUAACAUCCACAAACUCUACAAGGCCCACACAGGGAACAAGAAGGAGGCGGAAAAGCUGGUCAAGUACAUCAUCAAGAUCGUCGUGAAAAUACACAUCCUGUACCGGAACGACCAAUUCAAUACAGAGGAACUGAAAGUGGGCAACCAGCUCCACAUCAAGUUCAACACGAUCGUAAAGACGGUGAUCAGCUUCUUCGAGGUGGACUUUUCUUUCGACAAGGGGUUCCUCAUCAAGAACAUCAGCGAAUGCCGAGACCUUCUGAAGCAGCUCGUCGGGAAGCACCUCACGGACAAGAGCAUCGCCAGGAUAGACUUCAUGUUCGACAUCUUCACGGACCCGGCGCUGCUCGAAGAGGUGUUCCGCAAGGACUCUCCGCACCGCCCGACCCUCAAGUCAAUCGUUGAUGACAUGAGCAAAGCGUUCGACGAGGGAGGCAUCUGAGCGGCGUCUUGUCACGUCCCUCGCCUUCCAUCAACUUCCUUCUCCGCUCUCUCAAGCUUCCUUCAUCACUUGUUUUAUAGUUAUGCCAUUUAUUUGUACUAUUUCGCUGGUAACGUAGUUUUCUCACGUUUUUUAUGUUCUUUUAUACAGCGUUUGCCAUUUUUUACUGCUAUAUAAGAUGUCUGAGGUUAAUGUUUGUUGAUAUCAGUCGUGUUCUUCCGGUAUCUUCAUUGUCUCAUACUCUCACAGUCAUACAUACUCGUUCUUAUCCAUACCAUUCCCCCGUGCCACUCACUUUUCAAACUCCACAACUAAAGGGGCCAUUACACUGGGCAAACUUUCCGUGGAUCUUCAGUCAAACCACGAUUUCCGCUAGCGUGGUUCUCAUUUGUUUCGUGUUAAUGCUGCUUAUGAUGAUGGUGAGUAAUACCGUCGUCCUUCGGUGAAAUCUACCAUAGCUUUGGAAGAUUGUGGACAUGUCAGAAAACCACGGAAAUAUGAGAAUCACGCUAUCGGAAAUCAUGGUUUGACUGAAGAUCCACGGAAAAUUUGCCCAGUGUAAUAGCCCCUUAAGUUGUAUACUCACUAUGUUGAUACAAGAGCCAUCCCAGACUUUGUAAGAGGCGAAGUAAAAAGACCAACCACAGGAGAUGGAGGCUUGUGCAGGUUCCCAAAUAUCAGUGUGUUCAUGUGUCACUUUCUUACAGCCUUGAAUCAGUCCCUCAUCCGUUUAGUCCACGCUACCGUAUCACCUUAUCUGGUUUAGCGUUAUGUUUACUUGGUUUGACAUGCAUUACCUGGCAGUCUUGCGUCACCCACUGCUGCGUUGCUCAAGAGUCUACCAAGAAUUGUGUUGAACCUGUUAUUGUAUUUCCAUCAUUUACUACUUACUGCAUUACUCCCUUGCCGCAUUACUCUGCCCCUUUGCUCCCUCUAAGAUAAGCCUUGCGGUAUUAUCACUUCUCUGCUCCUUUAUAUUCCACUGUCAAUUGUAUUACGUCACCUGUUAAUGAAGCACCACUUUCUACUUCAUAACUAUAUUGCCAGGUAAAGUACAACAUUGUCUUAACCUUCACGCGUGCCAAGAUUAACGUAAGACUUAACCAGUACUAAUCAGUUUCUGGACUUACCCGGGGAGAGGGAGUGAGUCACGUGAUCCCUGCGAUGUAUACUCUGAUCCUCACUACAGAACUAUUAAAUUUUCUUGUGGGUAAAAUUGGCCGUCAUACUUAAUCGUAACAAAACUGAUCAAUCUCGUAGUUAAGUCAAUUUUUUUCCGCCUUGUCACACCAUUCCCUCGGCAACUCAUGCGAGAAGUUUGUCUUGAGUGGAUGCGGAACGUGAAUGCUUGGCGGAUAAUUGACAUGAUUGAACGUACUGAGUCGAGAGGAUGAAUGAGAAUGUAGGUGAAGUACUUAUGAACGAGCGGGGACCUUCAGAGGACAAGCAGGCACUCCUCAAGUUGUUUGUUGUUUGGCCCAGGCGAGACCUCCAAAAUCAAGGUCACAAUGAUGAUUUAGUGCUUAGAAACUUUAAUGAUAAUAAGUGUAAUAGCAUUAAUAGUUUUCCUUUAGACGUGAUCAUGCUUCCUGCUUACUUGAAAAAGAAUAUUAAAACCAGUUAAUUACAGCGUUGAUAAUAUAAUACAGAUAAUGAUACGAAAAUAACAUAGAACUAAGAGGGGAUAAGCCCAAACUUUCCCACUCGCUUAAAAGAUAUGCAAAAGCGAUUAGAAUACAAAAAAGUCGAUGUAAAUGUAUCAAUAUAAAACUGAUAAAAAGCUAAUAGAGGGAAGCAAGGAGCCAUCAGGGAGGAGUGUGAAUCUCAAACCCUAACACAGUCACAAUGCUUAAAGGUCACAGGAAAUAACGCCACAAAAACAAACAUACAGUAACUUCAACAAGACUGCAUCAGGCGGCGUCCACGGAGUCGGAGUCGGCCAAGGAGAAGCAGACGUGCCACAAGAAGCGUCGCCGCGGCAUUAUAUACGUCCUCAAGGGAAUGUAUUUAUUAUUUGCGUUGCUUUAAUAUCCUGCGAGAGGGGGAGAGGGGUAAGGGCUGGCGGGGUGCUGCGUCCCCCCAAGAGCAUGUGUAAACAGUCCCGGGUCAUGUUAAUGAGAGUGAAGGGCUUGUGAAAGGACGGGAGGCGGUGGGGGGGGUGACUUACUUUUGUCAUGCAUCUCUCGCCCCGUUCCCCGCCCUCCCUCCCCACCGGAAUUGUCCAGCAACGAAACUUUUUCUUCCUUAAUUUCUUGGCGUAUUUAUGAUGUAUUUCUUCCUCCGAACACCGACAGGAAUGUAUGUAUGGUAUUGUGGUGGAUUAACAGUGUGGAGUGUAAUAUAUCCAUGUCUUCUGCGUAUGUCUCGCGUAUCAGUCAUUCCUCAUCGGUGUUCGGUAUUUCAAGUUUACCGUAAGAUGCCAACCACGAGGCGUCGUCUUGAUGUAUUACUUAAAAGAGCAUUGUUAGUUUAGUGAGCCUGAGGACCUUUUAACAGAUAUAUUCCUAUGCAUUACUGUACAUACAUUUAAGGACGCCUCCGAGGAGAGUAUAUCAAGGAUUUUCGUGUGAAUGGAGUUUUUACAUAGGACUGAUUGUGUUGUACAGCUGCCCAUUGUAUCUAAAGCCUGAAUGCAUAGAUAAACAUAUAUGUAUAUUAUAUAUAUUUUCCAUGCUGAAGUAG